AUGUCCUCCUCAAGGCUGGGUCCUCGCUUGGCUGCCUGUCUGCUGAACAUCUCAGAAGCGCGGAACAAGGAGAUCGUGGAGACGGUUGCCAAGGCAGCAGUCUAUGAUAAACAAGGUAAAAAGCAUGAACAAACCACACUGCUCAACAUCUUCAAGGAUUUUGAUUAUAACAGGUCAGUCCUCACCAUUGAGAAGCUAGGCAAGGAGUCCUCGCUGCCACAGGGUUGGGAAUGCCAGCAACGGUGUCAUUUGUAG